AUGGCAUAUUUAGUCACAUUCAGACCUGCAUACCUGGUCUUCUUCCUGGUAUCGCAGCCAAUAGCUGCCAGUAUUAUUUAUGGUGGUUUUGCUUUCUGGCAAGCGGACCGUGCUUACGGAUGGGGAAUCAGAGACGGAAUCAGAGACUUCAAGCAAGGGCUACUCAAGAUGCCAACGCAGGAUUCCAAAUGGGAGACUUUCAAGCAGAUCGAUGCUCAGAAGAGAAACAGCGCAUAA